UGAUUUGCAUUCAUCAGUCUGAUCAUGAAUUCAAUCCCUCUUGAUCUUUCUUACGAAAUAUUCUCUAGAUUGUCUACCAACACAAUAGCAAGGUGCCGUUGCGUGUCGAAGCAAUGGAGAUCCAUCCUCUGCAGUGCAGAUUUUACCGAGUUGUUCUUAACCAAGUCUUCGGCUCGCCCGAGUCUCUUAUUUGCCAUGAGAGGAGCUACAGAGAAUGAGUUUCUCUUCUAUUGUUCGCCUCAGAUCCAUAGUCAAAAUGGGAAGGCGUCGUCAGCCGCCUAUUGUAAGUUGAAGAUACCUGAUGACAGGCUAAUAUUUAUUAGUCAUGCCUCUGGUUUUUUUUGUUUCCGUCAUGAGCCGAUCUCAAAAAAGGAUGAGUAUACAGCGCAUGUGAUGUUUAACCCUAGCACAGGACAGACUGUUUUCUUACCUAAACAGAGGACGGCCCAUGAGAGCUUUUUAGGGUUUGAUCCGAUUGAGAAGGUAUUCAAGGUAAUGUCACUCAUUGCUGAUGGAUCACUUUAUGGAUGUAUUCACAAUAUUUUGACACUAACUGGAGAAAUGAGGUGGAGGAAGAUCCAAUGUUCCUUGUCCCAUUAUCCUAGGUCCGAAGGGAUAUGCAUCAAUGGAUCUUUAUAUUACUUGGCUGCAGGAAGGGAUCAAGCUUACUAUAUAGUUUGCUUUGAUGUUCGGUCUGAGAAUUUCAAGUUUAUUCAGGCAGAAUUUUAUGGUCCUUGGGCUAGAAGCUUGAUAAACUAUAAAGGUAAACUAGGUGUGGUUAGUUGGCGAGGUCAUAACUCUAGUGGAUAUUAUUGGGGUGAGAAUAUAGGCGUGAAUAGUCUUCCUAUGCAUGAGUUGCGUCUAUGGGUUCUAGAGGAUGUCGUGGAAGGAGCUUGGUCGGAAUAUUCCUACACUCUGCCUGUUGAUAAAUUUGGGGACACUUACCGUCAUGCUUCAGACGUUUGCGUAAUUGGAGUGACUGCCACAGGGGAAAUUGUUUUGUUUAAGCAGUAUAACUAUACGUUUUCUGUUUUCUACUUCCAUCCCGAAAGGAACACUAUCCAGCGUGUUGAAAUCCAAGGUUUUAAGAAUCAAGCUACAGUUUACGCCUCUGUAAAUCAUGUUGAUGAUCUCACGCUUAAUAUUAAACCUCAACGGGUGCAACAAGAUCUUCUUUUAUUUAAUAUGAACUAUCACCAGCUGCAGCAAGAUGUUCAUAGUAAGACUAACAAAUUUGCUGUUCUGAGUCUUCUAGAGGAUAUAUGAAUUUAAAGACCAGUGUCGAAGCUGAUUGCGAGGAUAAUGUUUAUCAUGUCAGAGUCUAGCUAUUUUGCCUGUGAGUGUAGCUUCGCAUUUAAGGUUUUCAUCACUUUCAUUUUUGUUAUUAGUUUGGUCUGGUAGAGCUAAAAGGGAAACACUUUGAUUAGCGAUGUGCAACAAAAAAAAAGGCUUGGUAAGAGGUUUCUUGUAUGCAAAGAAAGAUUCUUGGUUGCUUUGUAAACUUUAGCAACCAGAAGGGUAUCUUACAGUACACUCAAGUUAUAAAGUAAGACUGAUGAUAAAUUUGUUGGAAAGCAAAUUCUACAUAACACCAUUAUUAAGCAUGAAGUCCUAGCUUUUCGAAAAGUAAUUUGUU